AUGGGAUCGCAGUUCACAGAGUUUGGAGAGCUGGUGCUUUUGAUAGGUGAUUUUCACGUCCCCCACAGAGCAGUAGACUUGCCACCCUGCUUUCGUGAACUGCUCCAGACAGACAAGAUUCGUCAUGUUCUAUGUACUGGCAACGUCGGCAGCGCCGAAGUACUCGAGUCUCUUCGAGUCAUUUCUUCCUCAGUUCAUGUUGUGAAAGGAGACUGUGAUGCUGCCUUCGACUUCCCAGAGUACAAAGUUCUCCAGUUUGGGCAGUUAAAAGUAGGACUGAUUCAUGGACAUCAAAUCGUUCCGUGGGGGGACGGAGGCGCGUUGUUGCAUUGGCAGAGAAAACUUGACUGCGACAUUCUGGUGUACGGACACCUCCACAGAGAUUCGGUAAUUGAGCUGGAUCGAAAGUUUUUUGUGAAUCCGGGUAGCGCGACCGGUGCAUACCAGCCGUGGCUUGCAGAGAAAACUCCGUCUUUCAUGCUCAUGGCCGUGCAAGGAGCGAGUGUUGUGCUGUAUGUCUACGAAGAGAAAAAUGGUAAGGCGGAGGUGGUGAUGAGCGAGUUCAAAAAAGAUGUGGAAGAGCAUCCUGAAGACGACUCACGGAAAGACAACUGA